UGUGAUCAUUGUAUGAAAACUUCAACAAGAUUUCCCGACUCGUAACUCUGCGCCUUUUCCACACGCACCACAACAAAGAUACACACGUGCACUCUCGCCUUUCGCGUGCCUCUGUUGUUGAUCUUGUGUCAUCUUCUUCAUUUCCAGUCCACCUCAACCUUACAUCUCCCACCACAGCUCCCUUCACCAUGGCUGAUAACGUCAACCCCGAAGGCCUCAGCAAGAACGAGCUGAAGCGCCGCCAGAAGGCUGCCCGCAAGGCCGAGCAGAAGGCCGCCAAGGCUGCCAAGGCCGCGCAGCAGCAGCCCAAGGAGGGCGCCAAGGCCAAGGCCGCCAAGGAGGACCAGCUCAGCCCGGACCAGUACUACGAGAUGCGCACCAAGCUCGUGCAAGGCCUCAAGACUGACGGUCCCGUGCAGCCGUACCCACACAAGUUCCAUGUCAGCAUCUCCCUCACGGAGUUCCACCGCAAGUAUGAGGCCCUGGAGAAGGAGCAGUUUGCCUCUGAGACGGUGAGCGUGGCUGGCCGCAUCCAGCUGAAGCGCGCCUCUGGCAAGCGCCUCGUCUUCUACGACAUCCAUGGCGAGGGCACCAAGCUGCAGGUCAUGGCUGAGAUCAGCCGCCACGACGCCACGCCAGACUUUGAGACCAUCCACGGUCUCCUGCGUCGCGGCGACGUCAUCGGCAUCGUUGGCUUCCCAACGCGGACCAAGCGUGGCGAGCUGAGCAUUGUGCCCAAGGAGGUGCAGCUGCUGGCACCGUGCCUGCACAUGCUGCCGCACCAGCACUUUGGCAUCACCAACAAGGAGACGCGCUACCGCCAGCGCUACCUCGACCUCAUCACCAACCGCUCUGUGCGCAACAACUUUGUUGUGCGCGCCAACAUCAUCUCGUACGUGCGCCGCUUCCUGGACAUGAACGGCUUCCUCGAGGUGGAGACGCCCAUGAUGAACAUGGUCGCUGGUGGCGCCACCGCCAAGCCCUUCAUCACCCACCACAACGACCUCAACCUCGACCUCUUCCUCCGCGUCGCACCAGAGCUGUACCUCAAGAUGCUCGUCGUUGGCGGGUUUGACCGCGUGUACGAGCUCGGCCGCCAGUUCCGCAACGAGCAGAUUGACAUGACCCACAACCCGGAAUUCACGUCGUGCGAGUUUUACAUGGCGUACGCCGACUUCAACGACCUCAUGGUGAUGACGGAGGAGCUCAUCGCAGGCAUGGUCAAGUCGAUCAAGGGCACAUACAAGGUGACGUACCACCCUGACGGCCCCGAUGGCGAGGCCCAGGAGAUUGACUUCACCCCGCCCUUCCGUCGCGUCUCCCUUGUCCAGGGUCUCGAGGAGGCCACGGGCCGCAAGUUCCCAGAGCCCCGCACCUUCCACACCGAGGAGACUCGCAAGUGGCUGGAUGAUCUGUGUACGGAGCUUGGCGUUGACUGUCCCGCCCCACGCACCACCGCUCGCCUCACAGACAAGCUCGUUGGCGAGUACCUCGAGUCCAAGGCAGUCAACCCGACCUUCAUCAUCGACCAUCCCCAAGUCAUGAGCCCUCUGGCCAAGUGGCACCGCUCUGUGCCUGGCCUCACGGAGCGCUUUGAGCUGUUUGUGAGCACCAAGGAGGUGUGCAACGCAUACACUGAGUUGAACGAUCCUCAGGUGCAGCGCGAGCGCUUCGAGCAACAGGCCAAGGACAAGGCGAUGGGCGACGAUGAGGCGCAGGCGAUUGACGAGGCGUUUGUCAAGGCGCUGGAGCACGGCCUGCCACCGACCGCGGGCUGGGGCAUGGGCAUCGACCGCAUGACCAUGUUCCUCACCGACAGCAACAACAUCAAGGAGGUGCUGCUGUUCCCUGCGAUGAAGCCCGAGGAUGUGGAGAAGGCAGAUGCGCUGGCGAGCGUCGUCGACAAGCAGAAGGACGCAGCCGAGCACAUCCAUGACUCGCAGCCCAAGCACGAGAAGAAACCCAAGCAGAAGAAGGAGAAGAAGGCUGCGGACAGCGCCAAGAAGCAGGAGAAGAAGCAGGACAAGGGCGGCGACGACAAGGACGCCAAACUGAAGAAGGCUGCGCUCAAGGAGGGCGGGAAGAAGGGCCAGGAUCUCGCCGGCAUGUGCGACAUGGGCGGCAUCAAGUUCUACCACGUUGUCAUGGAGAAGUGCGAGGGCAACAUCGACCUCCUCAUGCUUGCGCUUGAGGGCAUGAACAAGGAGGUUGAUGCCAGCGCCGACGACCGCAAGGGUGGUGCCGGUAACCUCGCCAAGAUGCUCCUCAGCGCGUCCAACGAGCAGCUGGCGAUUGUGUGCCACGUGCCGGAGAGCAUCACCGAUCUUUCUCCCAAGGACUGGGUCAAGGAGGCAACCGUCGGCAUGGACGUUGAGAUUCUGUCUGAGAGCAAGACGCUCAUCACGGCUGUGAUCAAGGCCAACCCUGACAAGGAGAAGUUCCCGCUCAAGAUGCGCGACCAGAUCGCAAACCUCGGCUUCUCUCUCCUCACCAAGAAGGGUCUUGUCCCCGAGGAGGAUGAGAGCGACGAUGACUUCAACCUUGCCGACGCAUACGAGGACAACGGCAUCGAGUGGUAGACACAUCGUCUGGACCACAGCAGUGUACAACACAGUCUCCUUGGCACUUGUCGUGCAUCACACUGUGUGCACCUACCCUACCCUCUUCUUCCCUUUCGGGUGCUUGUCAAUGCCCAACAUGCAGGCCCCUGUUUAGUUUCCUCGGUUGCUCUCAUCCGUCCAUGUGUUUCCCUGACUGAUCAUCAACAACACUCGCUCGUGGUUUGCUUGCUUGUUGCUCGCAUGCACGCCGAUGCGCUGUUGUUGUUGUUGUUGUUGUUGU